GCUAAACAAAGCGUCGACCAAUCACACAGCAGGGCGGAGUUGUACGCAUGCGCUUUGACAACACGGAACUAAGCGGUGCAUUGACCGAGGCGGUUUGGGUGCAGCUGAAUAUUCCUAAAUACUGAUCCAUUGCGGAGAUGACGUCCUGUCAGACUCAGUACCUGCUAAUGCUGCUGCUGAGUGUGGGAGUCUCAGCGGUGGAAGUCCAACGACCUCGGGGUGUCCCUUUGUCAAAACGGCAGUUCUACGAAGAGGGCAAACCUUUUACUUGCCUAGAUGGCUCCCGCACGAUUCCCUUUGACAGAGUGAAUGAUGACUACUGUGAUUGUAAGGAUGGCUCUGAUGAACCAGGCACUGCUGCUUGUCCCAACGGCAGCUUCCACUGCACCAACGCAGGUUUCCGACCAGGCUUCAUCCCUUCCUCCCGCAUCAAUGACGGAAUUUGUGACUGCUGUGACACAACAGAUGAGUACAACAGUGGUGCUGCCUGUCAGAACACCUGCAGGGAGUUGGGGCGCAAAGAGAGGGAAAGCCUGCAGAAGAUGGCAGAGAUCACUAAGGAAGGCUUUCUGCUUAAACAACAACUUAUCCAGGAGGCAAAGAGGGGCCUAGAGGAAAAGAAGGCCAAACAAGCAGAUAUUCAGAUCGGUAAGAAAGAUUUGGAAACUAAGGUGGAGGCCCUGAGAACAGUGAAGGAGACUGCAGAGCAGCCAGAAAAAGAAGCCAAAGAGCGCCAUCUGAAGGCCUGGGAAGAACAAAAGGCUGUUAUUCAAAUGGAGAAGGACAAGGCUAAAAUGGCUGAGGUGUUGUCUGAACUGGAUGAUGAUGCAGAUGGCUCUGUCUCCGUGGCUGAGCUUCUGUCCCACUCUGAGCUCGACCCAGAUUCAGACGGAUCCUUCACAGAAGCAGAGGCGCAGGGACUGUUAGGAGGAGUUGACAAAGUGGACUCUGUAGCCUUUGAGUCUGUUUGGAAUAACAUCAAAGACAAAUACACAUCAGAGCAGGCCAACACGGAAACCCCAGCAGAGGUGGAGACUCCGGGGGAGGAGAUAAGGGAGACCCCCUCCGACAACGACUCCGAGCAGUACCCUGAAGACGACAUCCCAGAAGAAGAGGAGGAAGAUGAUGAAGAGGACGAAGAAGAAGACCAAGAUGAUGGAGACUAUAAGCAGAGCCCUCCUCCGACGCAGACCCCAGAUAAGAAGGAUGAAGAUGACGAGGGGACGAUGCCACCCUUCGACCAGGAAACGCAGAACCUCAUUGAUGCUGCUCAGAAAGCCAGGGAUGCAUUUGAUGAAGCCGAGAAAGCUCUGCGAGAAGUCGAUGAUCAGGUCAAGAACCUGGAGAAGGAAAUCUCCUUUGACUUUGGACCCAAUGCGGAGUUUGCAUACCUCUAUAGCCAGUGUUAUGAGUUGUCUACUAGCGAGUACAUCUACAGGCUCUGUCCAUUCAACAGAAUGUCCCAGAAACCCAAGUUUGGUGGAUCGGAAACUAACCUGGGAUCAUGGGGGCAUUGGGCCGGUCCAGAGGAUAACAUCUACUCUUUGAUGAAGUAUGAACAUGGGACAGGGUGCUGGCAGGGCCCGAACAGGUCCACCACGAUUAAGUUAACGUGCGGAACGGAGACAGUGGUGACAUCUGUAUCGGAGCCCAGCCGCUGCGAGUACCUGAUGGAGUUUAUCAGCCCUGCUAUCUGCCAGGAGCCCCCCAGCCUGGAUGCAGCGCUUCAUGGGCAUGAAGAGCUCUAGAUCCACCUGAUCUUUUCAGCUUCCCUUUAGAAGAAGAGCAAGGCAGCAACAACAGCAAGGUAAAGGCAACUUUCUUGAGUUUAUUGUAGUUGUUAGGAUGAAAGAGGAACUAAACUCUUAACUCAAUCAGAGACUUGUGACAGCUUAGCAUUGUGUAUACUUUUUCAUUUAAGCUUUCGUAAAAAUGCUGGUAAACUGUGAUAUCAGUGUUACUGUUGCUAGAUGCAAUGGAAACUGAUAUCAUGUUAUGCUGAGCAGAGUGAAUAGAUAUCAGCUGUAGCUUCCUGUUGAAAUAAACAAAAGGCUACUGUACUUUAUUGAACACUUAGAUGUAUCGGGUGUUUUAAACGCAUUAGCGGUUUGUAACUUCCUGUUUAUUAUUGGAUUGUCGACAGGAUUUUGAGCUAAGCUGGGCUUUAUUUUACUGAUAGUGCUGAUAUCUUUAGGUCUGCUAAAGGAAGCGUGGAGCCGAGAGAGUCUGGGACAACAGAAUUGAUGUUUCAUGGACCUAAAUCAAUUUAAACAGUAAUACCCAUAUUGAAGUGCUGACUGCAAGAUAACACAGGAAGUGCCUACAUCCGUGGUGUGAAUGCUUAGUCCUCGGAAAACAAACCGCCGGGGAUCAAUUUCACUUAAAUUGCCCUUCCCUUUUAACAACUAGGAAGUCAUGACUUAACAACAUGCCACUGAAAUGAAUGUGUAUGCGCUCACUC